CCCAUGUUUAACAUUCAUAAAUUCACUUCUCUUUGUUGUUACAACAAGUUUGAGAAUUUCAAAGCAAAGGUAGCGUUUUCAAUGGCAAUGGCACACAAAAACCCUACUUCGAUUCCAAUCUCAGAUCCUGAAGCACAGGAAAUCACUCCAACUCCUACUCCUUCCACCGCCGCACCGGCGAAAGGUUACUCGGCCAAAGUGGUGGUGAACAAAGUGAAGAACAACCUUGUUUUUCAUUCAAAAUGGGGUGAACUGAACGGAGCCAUGGGUGAUCUUGGCACUUAUAUACCAAUAGUGUUGGCCUUGACCCUUGCCAGGGACCUCAACCUUGGCACCACACUCAUCUUCACAGGUGUCUACAACAUCAUCACUGGAGCCAUCUAUGGCGUCCCCAUGCCGGUCCAGCCCAUGAAAUCCAUCGCAGCUCAGGCCUUGUCGGACACAACCUUCGGCGUCCCGGAGAUCAUGGCCGCCGGAAUAUUAACCGGUGGGGUGUUGUUUGUUCUGGGUGUGACAGGGUUGAUGAAGCUUGUGUACAUGUUGAUUCCUCUGUGUGUUGUGAGGGGAAUUCAGCUGGCACAGGGCUUGUCUUUUGCUCUCACAGCGGUUAAGUAUGUGAGGAAAGUUCAGGACUUGCCAAAGAGCAAGUCUCUGGGUGAAAGACACUGGUUGGGGUUGGAUGGGUUGGUUUUGGCUAUUGUGUGUUUGUGUUUCAUUGUGAUUGUGAAUGGGGCUGGGGAGAAGAAUAGAGGGUGCUGUGAGGGAGUGCAAAAUGAGGUUGCAAGAAACAAGAGAAGAAGUAGGGUGAGAAGGGUUAUUUUCUCACUGCCUUCAGCUUUCAUGGUGUUUGUGUUGGGGGUUGUUUUGGCCUUUGUGAGGAGGCAUGAGGUGGUGCAUGAGAUAAAGUUUGGACCAUCAUCAAUAGAGGUGGUGAAGUUCUCAAAGCAUGCAUGGAAGAAAGGGUUUGUGAAGGGUGCAAUUCCUCAACUUCCACUGUCAAUUUUGAACUCUGUGGUGGCUGUUUGCAAGUUGUCAUCAGAUCUGUUUCCAGGAAAGGAUUUCUCAGCCACUUCAUUGUCAGUGACAGUGGGGUUGAUGAACUUGGUUGGAAGUUGGUUUGGUGCAAUGCCAAGUUGCCAUGGUGCUGGUGGACUUGCAGGGCAAUAUAAGUUUGGUGGUAGGAGUGGUGGUUGUGUGGCACUUCUUGGUGUUGCCAAAUUAGCUUUGGGUUUGGUGUUGGGAAGUUCUUUGGCACACAUCUUAAGGCAAUUUCCUGUGGGAAUUUUAGGGGUGUUGCUACUUUUUGCUGGAAUAGAACUAGCCAUGUGUUGUAGGGACAUGAACACCAAGGAAGAUUCCUUUGUGAUGCUUAUUUGCACUGCAGUUUCACUUGUGGGAUCAAGUGCUGCUCUUGGCUUUUUGUGUGGAAUGAUUAUUUAUGUUCUUCUUAGGUUGAGGAAUUGGUCAAGGGACAAACCACUUUCUGCCAUUUGGAUGCACAAAAAUCCUGAGCAAGUGUGAAGAAAAUGAGUGCUUACAUGAUUCUGUUAUUAGUGCUUUUAAUCUCUCUGUAAAUAAUAAGAGUAACUGUUUGAAAGUUUUUUCUGCACUAAGUUUGUUUUAGUUUGGUGGUUGAAGCCAAAGGUUUGUAAAGGUCUAAAGACAUUAAUUAUUAUGGUAGUUGUAGUUGAAGAGAGAGUGAACAUAGUUGGUUGGGUAGGAACUUGAGUUGUUUGUUUUUUGUCUUUGUAUGUAAUUUUGAGUGCAUUGGUGUCAAGAAAUUGGGUUUAUUUAUGUAAUAAAUGAUGUAAUUGGCAUACAUUAACAGUGUAGACUUUUACACUGUUAUCCAAUUAUGAAUUGUGUGACAAUAUGGAUUUGAUCAUAACGAGUUUGUAUUUAAUU